CUUACCGGUUAAUCUUCACAUACUAGAAGGCGCCGGAUCAGUUCGCGCCUUGCCGACUUCCGGUUCUUUCUUUCGCGACCCAAUCACGAUUUUGCGCACUCCGGAUAACGUGAUCGCGAAUAACACAAAAUAGUGCCAGAAUCAUGAAGUCAGCCAAGUGGAUUGGCUGGUUAUUGGCCAUGUGUGUCGUUUGCUUUACGGAAGCGAGGUACAAAAUUCGAAGACCGAUGCCUCCUCCACCUCCUCAAAUCUACAAGAAAUCAUGGCCCAUUGGGCCCAGAAUUUCAAUGGGAAAUACUGUUCAUAUUAAUAGCAAUAAUUAUCCUCCGAAGAGACCACCUCCUGCCCACAAGCCAAAUAAUUACAGAAUUCGACGUCCUCCUGUAUUCAACGUUGUACCGAACGGAUGGAAAACUCAUCAGAUUCCUGCAAUGGGCGUUCUCAACAAUCACGCAACUCUGCCUCAGCGGCCACCAGUGAAAGAGUUUCAUUCACUGAGCAAAGUCCCUGAAUACAGUCCGGAAUAUCGACCAGAAGCUGUUAUAAUCCCAUCCUCUCAUCGAGGUGGUAUUGAUGACGACAAAGGACCCAUUCACACAAUUCCUGCUCCGAAUUUAAGUCCUGCUGAUAAGCCAUACAAUCUGGUAGAAUCACAAGCAUCUGAAAAGAGUCACCAUGAGGAUAAUUUACCGCGAAGGCCAUACGAGUCGACUAACAUCCAUUUUCCAGUAACGAGCGUAACACAAAGACCAGUGACAAGUGCAUCUCCAACUCUGCAAUCUCAGCAUCAAUACGAAGUCACAGAAACGAAUGACAACAAUAUUAAAGAUUAUCAUACGGUACCUCCAGCCUACUACACUCCUGAAUAUGAUUCAAAAAGAGUCUCAACAAUCAUUAAUCCUGAGGUUCAAGCAAACGAAGUCUACCUAAAUCAUUCUCCCUCCAACACUGGACUUAUCGGAACCAACACCAUUCAAUUCGGACAAUUGAGCCUUCCUAUGCAAACGAAUCUUCACAGUUCCCUCUCAGUUGGUUUCCCAGGAACAGCUAGUCAGGUAACAGUUGGAGGACAACAACUCCCUGACCUGCAUGUAGGGCAUCCAGCUCCAGCUGGACCUCCUCUCUCAGCCACUCAACUUUACGACUUGUUGAAUCAUUUCCCCCAACAACUCACUGAACAGUACACAAGUGGUCAACAACCCCAGCUUCAGCAACAUAUACUUCAGCAACAACUGGGUCAAUUCUUCCAAACCGAUGCUAAUGGUGUGACUAGGUUCUCGCAACCUCAGAUGCAUUCCUUUAAUUAUGAUGAACAAGCUAAUAAAAAAAAGAACCAACGUCCACAGCAGCAAAUCCUAAUUGGACAAGAUUACGGAUCUGGUAGAGUCACUGCUGAUUACAAUUUGGAACCAGAGGCUGCAGGAACAGGGGAUGCUAAUAGUGUUCUUAGGACGAAUGAAGAGUUUAAUUAUCCAGCUGAGCUCUCGGAUCAGCAGGAAAAUAACAUUGAGUAUGAACAGACUUUGAAUCAGAGAGGACAGUCGACCUAUUAUAAUAAGGUAAAUAACCCCAGCAGUGUAUCCUCUCAAUUUUACACGACACUUCCAAAUAGAGAAGCGGCGGAAAAACUGGCAGCACUCGCAGCUGCUGGUAAUGUGAAUAGUCACCUUAUUGGUCAAUUAAAAAAACAACAAGAAUUCCAACAAGACGAGCCCGUACCUGAGAAUCAUAAAGACGAAUCUUAUCGAGAAAAUGAACAACGAGAGGGAGAAGGGGAAAGUUACGAUCAGCAGCAACGAUUUGAGGACAAAUUCAAGCAAACCUACCAACAACAAAAGUUUAGAGAACAACAAAUUCGUCAGGAACAGGAAAAUGAAGAAUACGAAAAAAGAUACCGCCAACAACAGCGUUAUCAACAACCGAGACAAAAUAAUAAUCAAGAGGACGAAGAUGACAAACAUCCUCUAAGAAUAAUGGUUCCCGAUAACAACGAGGAGUACGAAGAAAAUAAAGAAAAAUCGAAAUCCGGAGAAAAAGUUGCCGUCAAUGAAGACUACGAAUACGAAAACGACGAACCAGAAAACCCGGAUAAUUUAAACAAACCCACCUCCGACGAAGCCUCCUACGAACAAAGUGCCGGUGCCGAAUUCGGCACACGACUCAAAAAAUCCGGCAAGUGAUCUCGCAGCAUUGAUAUGUGCCUUGAUUUGUAAAUACAAUUCGUAAUUUUUAAUUAUUUAAUUUUAAGUGUCAUUUUAGUAAGAGACUGCAAUAUUUAAAAAAAUAAAUGAAAUACUCCAGAACGAGUAUUUACACUAAGAUCAAAUUUUCUUCGAAAAGACUGUACAAUCUAAAACAAAAAAUGAUUAUUAUCAGGGUGUCUACUCAAAUCCUGGAAAAUAAUUCCCUGACAAUUCCAAAUUUUUCCCUGUAUCUCGAGGUUCUUCCGGGUAUAUUUUUUUAUUUAGGGAGCCAUUACAAUAUUUAUUUUACUGAGAAUCUAAUUAUUUCUUUGAAAAUUAAUUUUUUUAAUGUAAUUAUUAUUUAAAAGUC